CAGAGCGAAUGGUUUUGCCCGCGCACUCGCUCCAGCAGCACUGGUAGCACACAAGAGGACUACAAGAUACUGAUUUUUUUUUGUGGGUGUCUUGUCAGUUUUCAGUAGUAACGCAUUUACAAGCUAUAAACACUGGAAUAGCCUUGAAAAUACUCUCGGGACUGGACGGCAUCUCCAAAGAGACCUCAGUGUCUCUCUCUACGGCGGCAGUGUCGUUCGGAUGAGACCAGUAAAAGAGCUGCACUGCCAGUGCCUGGAAAUAAAUAAGGCACUCCUAUCCAUCCCUCUGUCCACCCCCCUCCCUCCCUUUCUCCUCUUGAGGCUGUAAAUAAGCUGGGGCUGUGCAAGACCCUUGAGAGUCCCCCCUCCCCUCCCACUCUUCCCCACCACUGCCUUCCUCCCCCUUCAAAACUCCCUCUGACCAUUCAGACUCUGCUGCUGCUCUUUAUGCUGCUGAAAGGCGCCAGGGAGAUGCUCAGAUGAUCCAUCGGGCCAUCCUGAACCACACCGUCCAUACAGCCCAAGACAGGGAAGACUAACUAGUGCGAGUGUGAGAGAGCCCUUGGAGGGUGCUGCGAGUACCCUGUGAGGCCUGCCCACCAAGCCUGGCAGAAAGCUUGGCUUGCCCCUUCACUACUCCAGCCCCUGAGAUGCCCUCCCCUCCCAAUGAUGGAGAGGAUCAAGGAGCGUCCCCCGCGAACGGGCCAUCUGUGGGCUCCUACCAGAGCAGUGGGAAGAGGAAGGUGCACACCAAAAAGAAAAAAGGCACUAUCACCGCCAAUGUCGCCGGCACCAAAUAUGAGAUUGUUCGUAUAGUCAUCAAUGAGAUGGACUUCAUCAAGGCCCGGGAUGAUGACGAGACUGCCAACCUCAUCUGGAAUGACUCGGCCGUGCAGCAUGAGAAAAUCGCUGAGCUCAGGAAUUAUCAGAGAAUUAACCAUUUCCCUGGCAUGGGCGAAAUCUGCCGGAAAGACUGCCUAGCAAGAAACAUGUCCAAAAUGAUCAAGUGCCAGCCUCAAGAGUACAGCUUCAUACCCAAGACCUGGAUCUUCCCCGCUGAGUACACUCAGUUCCAGAACUACGUCAAAGAGCUGCGCAGGAAACGCAAGCAGAAGACCUUUAUUGUCAAACCUGCCAACGGAGCCAUGGGUCACGGGAUCUCGCUUAUCCGCAACUGUGAGAAGCUGCCAGCCCAGGAGCACUUUAUUGUUCAGGAGUACCUGGACAAACCCUUCCUGAUGGAGGGCUACAAGUUUGACCUGCGCAUCUACAUCCUCGUCACUUCCUGCGACCCACUUCGCAUUUUCCUGUACAACGAUGGCCUAGUUCGCAUGGGCACAGAGAAGUACCAUGCACCCAGUGAGGCCAACCUGAGCCAGCUUUACAUGCAUCUGACCAACUACUCAGUCAACAAACACAAUGAGAACUUUGAGCGAGACGAGACAGUGGACAAAGGCAGCAAGAGGUCCAUCAGCUGGUUCACUGAGUUCCUCCGCACCAACGACUACGAUGUGGCCAAGUUCUGGGGAGACGUUUCGGAACUGGUGGUGAAGACAUUAAUAGUAGCUGAGCCCCACGUGCUGCACGCCUACCGCAUGUGUCGCCCUGGCCAGCCACCAGGGAGCGACAGCGUCUGCUUUGAGGUCCUGGGCUUUGACAUCAUCCUGGACCGCAAACUCAAACCCUGGCUACUGGAGAUCAAUCGAGCUCCAAGCUUUGGAACCGAUCAGAAGAUUGAUUACGACGUGAAGAAAGGGGUGCUGCUCAAUGCUCUCAAACUCCUCAAUAUUAGGGCUAGUGAUAAGAAACGUAACCUGGCCCAGCAAAAGGCAGAGGCUCAGAGACGGCUCUACGGACAUGGCUCCAUGAAGAAACUCUCAGCUGCUUCGUCAGACUGGGAAAAACAACGUCACACGUUGGAGAGAAGGAGAGAAGAGCUGAAAGAGAGACUGGCACAGGUCCGCAAGCAGAUCUCCAGGGAGGAGCAUGAAAAGCAGCAUCUGGGGAACUACAGACGUAUUUACCCCCCAGACGACAAGCUGCUGUUGGAGAAGUAUGAAAGCCUGCUCUCGGCCGCCUUUCAGACCUUCCUCGCUGGGCGAGCUGCCUCACUUCAAAAGGAAAUGAAUAAUCCUCUGAAACGAAUGAAGGAGGAGGACAUCUUGGAUCUGCUGGAGCAAUGUGAACUGGAUGACGAGAAGCUGAUGGGCAAAUCCUCCAGGCAACGAGGCCCUAAGCCCUUGACUGCCAUGCCAGAAUGCAGCCAGACACCAAGACGUCAACGACCAGACUAUCUGGCCGACUUCACCAGCGGCAGCAGCGCUGAAAACUCCUGCUCUUCCUCAGACGAAGAGGAGGAGGAGAGGAGGAAAGCAAGAGGAGGAGGACGAGGCGGAGAGAAGAGGGAGAAGAAAGUUUCGUACGACCUUGGGGAGAACAAGGAGAAGAACUUGGCUGAGCGCUCAGGCCGUAUGCACUGGAAACCUCCAAUCAAGUCGCUUAAAACCAGCCCUGCCCCCACUGCCUCACCGACGCUCUCUGGUCCAAUCAGACGUUCCAUCUCCUGUCCCCGCUCCAUUGCCUCACUCUCGUCACCCAGUGAGGUGCGAGCGCUGUCCACCAGGCCUUCCCCUACAGUUCCCAUGGCCACACCCCUCGUCAGGCCGAGCUCUGCCACGCUGCGCUCUCACUCGCUGAGCCGCAGUGGCUCCGCCCACCGUGUGCCUCACAGCAACAGCCUGGGAACUAUUCACUCCAACAUAGGUGAUCCACUGAUAAACCUGAGGAGUAAAGAGCAGGAAGCAGAGCUGGUGCGUCAGACUCUGGCUGCACUCACGGCCAUGAGGAUCAGAUUUCCCGGCAAAACAGAGGAAGAGGCCGAGGCCGUGCUGGAUGAGAUCCUUGACAACUGGAAAUACCACAAACCAAAGGUGGCCUCCUAUUGGCUAGUGAAGCUGGACUCCACCAAACAACGGAAAGUGUUGGACAUUGUGCGUACCAACGUACGCUCGGCACUGCAGCGAAUCUGGAGGGAGCCAGACGUAGAGAGCCUCCACCUCUACCGGCUGUUUAACCGUGUCUUCAACCGACUGCUCUGGAGUCACGGCCAGGGCCUGUGGAACUGUUUCUCCAACACUGGUUCAUCGUGGGAGACUAUCUUCAGUAAGAGCAGCGAGGUGGUGUCACCCCAGGAGCUGCAGUGCUGCCGCCGGCUGGUCCAGCUGUGUCGAGACUGCCUUUUGGUCGUCUACAAGUUUGUCUCAGAGUCCCGUGGCUCUUUGACUGGACUCAGCCCCGAAUGGGAUGACACCAGGUAUCUGCUGCCAGUGACCUCCCAGUUCAUCAUGAAGUGGCCUUCGUCCAGCUUUGGCCGAAUCUCCUCGGCCAUGCCACGCUCCCGCAGCCUUUUUGCCGCCAGGAUGGGCCACUUCUGAGGUCACCGUGGCAACCCUGGCUUCUGACACCUCGCCUUUUGACCUCAGCCUCCCUCCCCCUUGACUCUCACCCAGCCAAACUCCAAUCUCAGCAAUCCCACCACGGAUCUGAAUUCCGGGGCGGCUCUGGACGCCGGAUGGAGCCUCAACCUUGGCCAAAUCCCCUCGUGGAAGAUCAACAAAGAAAGGCUGGACGACUCGGGAUUGCUAAAGGGCCAUGUUCAUUUUAGUUUAGUUUGGCCCUGCUCAGACCAGCAGACCACCGGUACCCUCAAACCCUCCCUUUAGCCCCAGUAACACCAGACAAUGGGUUUAUCCCUCUUUUCUCAUUGUAAUUGCUGUAUUAUACCUACUCACUGUACAGUUACAAGUCAUGGUACUGUAAAAGGAAAGAAUAACAAAUACUAAACAAUGCAAGGAUUAUUUAUUUAUGUACUUAUUUAUUUUGUAAGGUAUUCCAUGAAUGCAGUGAAUGCUGAUGCAGAAUGCAGAUAUGGAAUGAUAUCAACAAAGCUAUCCCUUGUUUGAGAAAGUGGAUGUAAAAAAAGGAAAAAAAACAAAAACAACAAAAUGCUUAUUUUUGCUGGCUGUAAUUACUUCUUUUAUUUCUGUAUUCUGAAUUUAAUUUAUUUCAUAACUUAUAUCAGAGGCUUUAUGUUUAUAUAUAUAUAUGUUUUAACAGUCACUUUAUGUUCUAGUUUUUGCAGUUCAGAGUAACAGUAGAAAGGUGAUGCCCAGAUAACUCAAAAUGUUUAACUUUUGAAUGCUAAUGCUUCAUGUUUUACACGUGUGAUAAUAAGUGCAGCACUAUUAUUAAGCAACAAAAUGUUUAGAAUGUCAAUGUAGUAAAAGCCAAGCCUCUUUGCCUCUUAGAGAACGAGCUGACUUUGAUGCCACAGCGUAAGGAGCCAAACUUAAGUCUCAGAGAGCACCCAGUUCCUAAUAUAUGCACUUUGCAGUUUGUCACAGAGAAAGAGAAAAGUGGGUGCACAUUACAGUAGUGUUUGCAUGCCUAGAUUUUAGCCCCUUGCCCAGAUGUAGUGGUUAGACAGGGGAGCUGCGUUUGGAUUAUACUUGAAGUUCUGUGUUGUCAUUAAUUAUCGUGUCUUUGUAUCGGCUGCUCUCAGAAGAAGACACUUCGCUUUUAGAUUUGUCUCGUCUCGAGUGUGGAUGUGUUAAGGAUAAUAAGGUCGUGUUGCAUCGCUUAGAGAUUGUGCAGCACGUUGAAUGACUCGGCUCAUCAGCCCAAAUGCACCGUAUUGACACGGUCGGUGAUUUGCCUGGGAUGAGCAGCUGCAGCCUUUUCCCCCCCCCUGCCGCGUUGUAGGUACAAGUGCCAGGGAAAGUCACGGAUGUGCCAAUAAUAAGCACGUCUACUUCAUGUUUCAGUUGGGUUUUAUUUAAGGUUAAUAUGUCAUGAAACUACUGUAGGACCUGAGUUAAAUACAGUAUUAAAUGUUGGUAGGGAGAAAUGCAGUGUUGUAUGUUUAGUAGUUUACUUGGCUCUGUGUACUACCCCAUCAGAUGACACAUUCACUAAACUUUUAAGGAUGAUAGUUUGUCAACAGACUGUACAACACAGUACAGUUUACAUUUUAUAACAUCGGUGUUGACUAAUAUGUGUAGCAGCAAUGCUGUGCUAAAUCUGCUCAAACUGAAUCCCCCCCCACACACACACUGAACAUCAAUUCACAAUGCCAAAUAUUUUUUAUUUUGCCUGAUUUUAUUUGUGUUAUUUAAGAGUAGUACUUUUUUCAUUGGAGGUAUGAGAUUUUUAAUUUUACAUAGCAAUAAAAUGUUUAAACAAA